AUGAAGCCAUCUUCACGUGCGAGACGUUCUCAGCCACUUAGACCACUAGAAUUAGACACUCUCCCACAAAACACUACCUGGAAGAGCCAUGGGCAGCAAGUGAAACUCAAGGUCAUGGACGCUCUGACCGAUAUGAGCGGCGUUCAUCAUCUGUCAACGGCAGAGAUCGAUGCUGUAGUAGGCUUGUUGAUGCUGCAUAGACAUACCCCGGGACCUUGUCGUUUUUCACCACCACCAUCGGUCCAAACCACCGGCCACGAAAAACGAACAGCUUCAAGAGUUGUUAAGAGCCAGGGUACUACUACCGUAAGAGAGCGUCCGCGAACAAGCGCCCUAUUAGAUAUUCAAGGCAAAGGUGGAGCGUCUCCUAUUUCGCAAGACCCUGGUGGUAGGUCUUCCUCUCAUACACUCACCCGCUCCGGUCUAGGCCCUGGUACCGAUCAGUCCAAUACCACCCAAAAUCAGGCGGAGAACACUCAGGUUUCAUCAGCUUCUUCAAUCGCCUCUCGAUCAUACCAUGGCCAGAUAUCUAAACCAGGUCACCCCAAAGGCAACAAGCUCUAUCCGCAAUCACGAGUGGCCAAGAAGAGAAAAUGCCCCCCAAAUUCUUCUCAGCCUCCUCAGUUGGCCAACACACCACUUUCAUCUACGGAAAAGGUUAAUAUUCUGGAGGAGGCAUCAUCGACAAACACCACCCCUCAAGAAACUGAGCACACAACGAAUACAACACUCCGACACCAGCUAAGCACAAAUCAACAAACACCAACAUCUCCCAACAAACCAACACUCCUACUUCCAGCAGUCCCUACCCCCCAGCAUCAAGGCCAAUCAAAAACAGAACCACAAUCGCCUCCUGCAGAAUGUCAGUCCCAACCCCAGCACCUACCCCAACCCCAUCUCAAAAUCGCAACUCCAGCCCCCACAUCAACAGCACCAACAAAACCUCCCCAAAAGAAAAGCAAGAAAUACGGCACAGCCUACGAAGUUUCCCGCGCCCGGCAAAUUCAAGCAACAGGCGUCCCCCGCCUUCCCGGCCCUUGUCACUCGUGCGCUCGGAGACAGAGACAACUUGAUGAGGUAGCUGCUGUUGUUGCCGGGAGGGUGACAGGUACAGAUACGGGUGGGGGUAUGGGAAUGGGUACAGUAGCACGUGUCGGUAUAGGACGUUUCGCGAGGCGUCAGAGGGGCGAUGAGUUCUUGCCUUGUAUCGUGUUGAGUAAUGGUAAUGGUAAUGGGGAUGGUAACGGGGAUGGGACUGGGGAUGGAACUGGACCGACGCCUUGUGCUAGGUGUAAGAGUAUCAAGAUGAAGUGCGAGGGUUAG